AUGGUGAUCGAUCGUUGUUCUUUCCUAACGGAGCACAAGCGUCGACGCCCGGAAGGGGCUAUUAGCGGUCUCCUGUGUGCUUCUCCCGGGCGACUAGUCUUAUUGGUGUAUGGCAUUGGUUCACUCUUGCUGUUGUGCCCCUCCUCCAAGCCUCACUUGCCCCGAGUUUUCUGGUGUCGCGACUGA